UUUGUUGUGUGUCAACUCUGAGUUUGAGAAAGACUCCAACAGAUAACUAGCAGACAAACUAGGACAGAACUGUGAGAGGAAAUAUUCAGAACAGACUAAAACACAGAAAAGGGCCCAGUCACCAGUUUAUCGUGAAUGAAAAAGUGAACAGAGUGGACUUACAUUUAGAUAUGAUGCGGAUCUGUGUGUGCGUUUUGCUGCUGGCGUUGCUGGGGCUGAGCGUGUUUGAUCCUGUGGAUGGAAGAAGGACGCGAUUCAAGCCAAAGCCUAAAGACAAAAAGAAAGAAAAACCUGAAGAAGAGAUCACGCCGGCUAAAGACAUUGACAUCCAUCAGAUGAGUGGGAAGUGGUACCUGCUCACUGUGGCAUCAAGAUGUCAGCACCUUCUGGAGAAGGGAUUUAAGGUGGAAGGCACUACUAUCACUUUAACACCACCUGCCUCCACCAACUCACCUCUGAAAGUGAGCACCUUUACAAAACUUAAUUAUCAGUGUUGGGAGAUCCAGCAGCAUUACGAGACCACCAAGAUUACUGGCCAUUUCCUCCUGAAAGGUAACAUGCCAUUGAUGAAUACUGAGAUUACUGUCAUAGACACAGAUUACAGCUCCUAUUCCAUCCUGGUUUACAAGAGAAUGAAGAAAAUCACCAUGAAGCUCUAUGGCCGAUCUACACAGGUUCCUGAUGCCAUCGUGGAUAAAUUUGAGGAACUUGCAAAAAAACAUAACAUGGGUUUGGAUGUCAUUUUCCAGUUUCCUGAUUAUGGGUUUUGUCAGUCAGCAGUUAAAGAGUAUACUCUCGUUAUGACCUGAGACAUGACCAAAUCCACGUGUUACUGGGAGACCUCUUCUGUGCAUUUGAAGGGAUAAACAUAUCAGUUAAUGGAAACAAUAAAUGAGAUCAAAGUUGUUA